UGGUUCCAUCCUGGGAGGGUCUGUGACAUAGGUGCUGCCUGGGUGCUCCUUAUAGGCAGCACCUCUUUCUGGAGUGAGACGCUGGAAGACAGUGGAAGACCUUGGGUCCUAUUAAGCUCUCAUGGCUUCAGAGGCAGCCUGCCGCCCUUCUGGGAGAAGACCCUGCAAGAUGCAAGCCUUCAGAAUCUGGGAUAUUAACCAGAAGACCUUCUAUCUGAGGAACAACCAACUCAUUGCCGGCUACUUACAAGGACCAAAUACCAGAUUGGAAGAAAAGAUAGACAUGGUGACUACUGACCUUCACAAUGUAUUCUUGGGGAUCCACGGGGGGAAGAUAUGCCUGUCUUGUGUCAAGUCUGGAGAUGAAAUCAAGCUCCAGCUAGAGAACAUUAACAUCACCGAUCUGAGCAAGACCAAGGAAGAAGACAAACGCUUCACUUUCAUCCGCUCAGAGAAAGGUCCCACCACCAGCUUUGAGUCAGCCGCCUGUCCAGGCUGGUUCCUCUGCACAGCACUAGAGGCUGACCGGCCCGUCAGCCUCACCAACAGACCCGAAGAGUCCCUCACAGUCACAAAGUUCUACUUCCAGGAGGACCAAUAGUACUGCCCAGAGCUAUCCUUCCCCACUCCCAGGCCAUCAAUGACUCCACCAACUGCCUCCUCACUCUGGUCAUCGUUAGAGUCUGAAGAUCAACCUUUCCAGGGUGUACAGUAGAAGAAGGGAGAAAAACCCUGAUGACAGAUUUCUGCCUUCAGCCUGUUGGCUGACCCAAUCCCCAUGAUGCUUCCAGAAUGAUCUUUCAAACUGGAUCAUGGCAGGCCCUUGCUCAAAACCCUUUCUCGUUGCCUCUGCCCUCUGAGUGAAUUCUAGACCACUUGCUUGGCCUAGGUGCCUCCGCUCCGCACACUCUCCUUUUCUUCCAUUGUCCUACAUAUCCACAGCCCAGACCAAUCGAGUCACUUGACAACACUCCUCAAGUGGUUCCCUUACCUUGUUUUAUAAACCUGUACUUGUCUGUGGAGAA